AUGGCAUUCAACGAUUCGGACGCCAUUUUCUACAAGUUACUCGGGCAUCAAGUCGAUGUCAAUCUCCGAGUCUUUAACUCUGAGAUUCAUUGCCAUUCAUUGAUAUUAAAGAUUGGUUCAGCUUAUUUCAGGAAAUUCCUCGAUUCAGCAGACAAAUAUGCCACUCCAUACGAUCCGAAUUUCAAAUAUCAGUAUGUCACCAUUCAGGAUGACGUGCCAAGUCUCGAAGUCGCAUUUAAGGUCAAGGCCAGAGGUGUCAAGCCCGUCGAGACUGAAAGCUUCAUUUGGUACUUUGCUGUCAAAAGCAUGAUCGAUUGUAUGUACGGGAAGCCGUUCAUACUAGGCGCCGAAGACUUCGAUCUCGACUACAUUACCCAAGUUGCAGACUUUUACGCCAGGAAUAAAACUCUCUAUAAAGAAUGUAUGGUUCAUGUUGCUGGCCGAUGGAAGAUUGACCGCGUUAUAUCAAAACAAGAUAAGGAGCUCCGCAUGCGUGUCAUCGUCGCCUACGCAGGUAUUUACGAGAAGCUUGACAUAGCAAAUCAAGGUAUUCUGGGAGUCAUGGGACGUCAGGUCAUGAAUGGCCAACAUAGUCUUGCUCACAAAGUCCAGCACCACGCAAUGAACUCUACAUCAAUCGCAUCGCAUUAUCGGUCUCUCUAUGAUGAAGGUCUGGCGACUUGGUCUGCGGAAGUCAAAUCUCUUCUAAAGCACGCAAUGCGCAACAAGUUAGUCCUUGAUAAUUCUAGACAUGGGGCGGGUCAGGGCAAAUUCAAAGAUUACUUUCUUUGCGCGAAAGUCAAAGACUCCGAACUCCCAUGGAAUCUACGGGAAGAAGACUGGUAG